UCCCCCCCCUCUCUCUCUCUCUCUCUCUCUCUCUCCUGUCUGUCUCUCAUGCAAUUUCAUCGCUCGAAACAUCUGCGAUAUCCAAACUGUGGAGGAGGAGGAGGAAGAAGGAGAAGAGUGAAGGUAAAUUCGCGAGUUGAGUGAUGAUUGAAAGAUCGCAACCCACUCGAUCGCUCGGAGAUUCUCUUCUCGUCUCGCUCCGAUUUGGAAUCCAAAUCCCAGGACUUGGCGAGCCGUUCCUUUCGAUAGGAGCCGAGUGAGUCGAUCGUGACCGAUCCGCGCGCGAUCGCGCGUUGUCCCCUGCCAUUUGCGAUCUGCGGGAGGACGAGGACGAGGGGGGCUCCUGAACGAUGCCGUCGCACGCGGAUCUGGACCGUCAGAUCGAGCAGCUGAUAGAGUGCAAGCCGCUGACGGAGGCGGAGGUGAAGACGCUCUGCGAUCAGGCGAGGGCGAUACUCGUGGAGGAGUGGAACGUGCAGCCGGUGAAGUGCCCGGUCACGGUUUGCGGCGACAUUCACGGCCAGUUCUAUGAUCUUAUCGAGCUUUUUAGGAUAGGCGGCAACGCGCCUGAUACCAAUUAUCUGUUUAUGGGAGAUUAUGUUGAUCGGGGGUACUACUCAGUGGAGACUGUUUCGCUUUUAGUGGCUUUGAAAGUUCGCUAUAGAGAUAGAAUCACUAUCCUUAGGGGAAAUCAUGAAAGUCGGCAAAUAACACAAGUGUACGGAUUCUAUGACGAAUGUUUGAGAAAGUAUGGAAAUGCCAAUGUCUGGAAAUAUUUCACCGAUUUGUUCGAUUUUCUUCCACUUACUGCUCUUAUCGAGAGUCAGAUCUUUUGUUUGCAUGGAGGUCUGUCACCAUCUUUGGAUACACUCGACAAUAUUCGAGCCUUGGACCGUAUACAAGAGGUUCCUCAUGAAGGACCAAUGUGCGACCUCUUGUGGUCGGAUCCAGAUGACCGCUGUGGCUGGGGAAUAUCUCCACGUGGUGCUGGUUAUACCUUUGGUCAGGACAUUGCUGCUAAUUUUAAUCACACCAAUGGUCUCACUCUGAUAUCGAGAGCCCAUCAGCUUGUCAUGGAAGGAUACAAUUGGUGUCAGGAAAAAAAUGUGGUCACUGUAUUUAGUGCUCCGAAUUAUUGUUAUCGGUGUGGAAAUAUGGCUGCAAUUCUUGAGAUUGGAGAGAAUAUGGAUCAGAAUUUCCUUCAGUUUGACCCAGCACCACGUCAAAUUGAACCGGACACAACGCGCAAGACUCCUGAUUAUUUCUUGUGAUUCAAGAAAUGUACUUGCUGCUUGUAAUUCAGGUUUGACGCCAUCUUGCUGUUGAUGUGUCGUAUGAAAAAAGAAUUUCAUCUUUAGGAUCAGACUUCAGAGUGAUGAGCAAUGCCAUUCUUCUGUUUGGAGCUUGUCUUGCCGCCUUGCAGCUUGUCUUUGUUGAGAUCAAGGAACUUGAAGAACCAGAUGGAAGGCAUCAGCAUUCUUGUUUGUCCUGUAUAUUGUCGAAAGAUGGGACGGCAAUAAUAUGGUCUAUCUCGUUCUGCAAACCAAGUAGAAAAAUUUUUGAAGCAGUUGAAAGUUUUGCAUUUUCAAAUUUAGCAGACCGAAGAGCUGUAAUGAGUUUUCUUGAAUAGAAAACAUCAUGGGCGCAAGGUUCUUGAAAGUUUGUUUGGCAGGGUGGAUGAGCCGUAAAGUGGAAAUUGUUUUUGGUUCUUCGUUUGUAACAAUGUUUAUGAACCUUUUUUGGAGCA